CGCGGACAGCCGCCGUCAGCUUAGGGACCAGUUCCAGCAGUCACCAGUCCGAGCAGUCGCAAUUCCGUCGCCUAACCAGCAUCGCUCGCCUCUUUUACCUUUUCACCCUCUCGCAAAACGCAUCGAGACUUUAGUCGCAAAGCUGCAUCAAUUCGCCCGUGUCCCCCGUUUUCCCCACUCCCUUUAAGCCUCAACACCGCCACCGCCCCCCUCCUUGUGUCACCUCGUCGGUCGCGUCGUCGUUCAAAGAUCUUCUCCUCGUAACGCGCCCAUCGUCACGGCGCUCAGUCGCGAGUGGUGUCUAAACCUUGAGGAUAUUAUUAUUGAAAACAAGUGCAAGGCUGAUAUGAGACGGAAAAAUAUCGUGAAAAUAAUCAACACCGGUAUUGUCAGUGAGAUCAAAAGUAAUUGAAGUAUUAUAAAAAAAAAAAUAAUUUAUUAAUUAUUUUGAGUGGUCACUUGCUGUGAAAUAUUUUUCGCUGUUGGACUUUAUAAACAUUAUAGCAGAGUUCGCCUGCGGCACGUGCCAGGAGUGGACCGAAUAAAUGACGUAAAUCCGAGGAACAGAAAGGGACGUUACGCUAAUUCGCUGGUCCCCUACCCCUCUAUCCUCCUCUCUCCUUUUAUAUUUAUCCCAUCUUUCUCUUUUCCUCUCUCUUUCUAUUUCUCUUCUCUCCUACUCUCAACUUAAAACUCAAAACUGUCCUGCUCUGUUUUCCGCAACCUGGACUUAAAUCUCACGACCUUACAACCCAAAUCGACCUUUCGACCCGUCAGUAUACCGACACGUCGUCGCACCCACUUCUCCAUCCCUUGCUUUUUAUCCUCGACCAUCAUAACCCAAUUCGCACAUCCUUUUUUCCCACAUAGCCGCACUGCAGCAGACACCAGAUUACUGACAUACUGAAUCACGUCCAGUUGAUACCACAUCAGUCGUCUCCUCAAAACACCAACAGUCUCAGCCAUCGACACGUCAAGUGAUAUUGAUAGAUCAACAUAUCAGUCUAUCAGCGGAGGAUUUACUUAAAUAACAAUAAAAGUAUCUAUUGUGCACUUGCUAAGUUACGGCUUGGUAUAUUUGAAGCUUUGACAGUUGAGAGCUUUGGCUAAAAACUCACGAAUCUUGAAUAAUUAUUGUGCGAGUGUCCAUUGUAUUUUCUUAGCCUACUCCGACUUACGGCCUAGAUAAAAUUGAGCAACGAGACACAAUAAUAAAUCUAAAAGUCGAUAUAUCUGUUAAUGGAUUAACGACAAACGACAAAUUAUAAUUGAAUAUACCUCACGAUAUUUACUAUCAACAAAGUGAGUUUAAAUAUAAAAUCCAAUACUAAGGAUAAAGUAUAAAGAGUGAUUGAAGAAUAAUUCAAACUGAAUAUAUUGAAAAAUAAAUCAUCGGGUGUAAACGGCAAUAAAACAAUUAUAAGUAACCGGCGCGUGUUCUAAUUUGACGACGUCCGGAAAAGUUACGAGAGAAAAAAGGUACCAACCUGAGGAUUCGAGAGCUAUCAAAUAAACACGAGGAUAAUAAGAUGGCAAUGGUCAACAUGAACAACCUGCUUAAUGGCAAGGAUUCACGCUGGCUACAGCUUGAGGUCUGCCGAGAGUUUCAGCGCAACAAGUGCACCAGGCCUGACACGGAGUGCAAAUUCGCUCAUCCACCAGCCAACGUCGAGGUCCAGAACGGACGAGUAACAGCCUGCUACGACAGUAUCAAGGGACGAUGCAACCGAGAAAAACCGCCAUGCAAAUAUUUCCAUCCGCCACAGCAUUUGAAGGAUCAGUUACUAAUAAAUGGCCGUAAUCAUUUAGCCUUGAAAAAUGCCCUCAUGCAACAAAUGGGACUAUCACCGGGACAAGGGCUAGUGCCUGGUCAGGUGCCCACAGUGGAGGGCCAACCUCCUCCGCCAUCUGCGCACCAUCACCUCCAACAGCAAAUCCAGCAACAACUUCUCGCUACCCACGCCUUUAUGGCCACCAAUCCGUACCUGACUGGAAUGCCGCAGGUGAAUAACACAUACACGCCGUACUUCACGCCAAGCCCGAUAAUGCCAGCGAUAAUGGGACCAGCCGACCCUACGGGGGUUGGUAGCCCGUUGGGAGUGGUGCAGCAGACGGUGGCGAUGCCGCAGAAGAUGCCACGUACCGAUCGUCUCGAGGUAUGUCGCGAGUUUCAACGUGGGGCGUGCAAACGCGGUGAGACGGAGUGCCGGUUUGCGCACCCUCUCGAGACGGUGCAGGCGAACGAGGACGGUUCUGUGACGGUCUGCAUGGACGCUGUCAAGGGCCGAUGCAAUCGGGACCCCUGCCGCUAUUUCCACCCCCCUCUGCACCUUCAAGCCCACAUUAAGGCCGCACAAUCUCGGGCUAGCAUUGCGGCUGGAUCGUUAUCGUCAAGUGUGCCGGGAAUGGGCGCUAUGGCUGGUGGAGUGUCAGGAGUGCCGGCAGUGGCUGUACCCGGAGGACUUCAGAACCCGAGUAUGGCGAGCAUUGAGCUCGGAAAGAAGCGGAUGCGCGACACCAAUGAUGAUCUGCUAAUGAUGGAAUCAAAGUCCUUCGGAUCAUUCUACUACGAGAAUUUUGCCUUUCCGGGAAUGGUACCAUACAAGCGUCCCGCGGGCGACAAAUCCGGAAUGCCAGUGUAUCAAGCAACUGGCGCGACGACCUAUCAACAAUUAAUGCAGUUGCCGCAGCCCUUCGUGCCUGUGUCAUGUGAGUACGCUGGAACACCACCCCUUCCCCAACCCUCUAAUCAGUCAAUCGCGAGUUCGCAAAACUCAAUAUCAAUACCGUCCUCCCAACAAGCGUCGUCCUCGAGCAACGCUGACACAAACGGCGUUCUCGUAGACCCAAAUAAUCCUCCUCCGCCCCCACCAAGCGUAGGCGGAGGUGGCGGUGGCGGAGGCGGAUGCGGCUUAGGCUCCAACGAUGGCACCAAUAUAACCAAACAAAUAUCCGCCUCGAACCAUGAUAACGAAAGUAAUACCCGGAACUCUCCCGAAUUGAACCACACGAGCACACAAGCGACCCAGGUCCCCCAAAUGGCAGCAGUGCAUUCUGCAUCAACAGCAGCAACAAUAAACCACCCAAUGUCCUCUCUAGCCGGACUCUCAUCAAUGCCUAGCAUAACCAAUCUGACUAACUCGUCGAUGCCGGCCAUGGUGUCGAUGGCAAACAUAAACUCGAUCCAGGCCUCGAUCGCAAACAUGCAGCAGCAACAGCACCAGGUAAACUCUAUGGCCAACUACACGAUGGCAAACAUGGCCCACCUGAAUGUCCUGAAUUCCUUGGGCAUGAACCCCACCAGCUUCGCGGCCAUGGACCAAGCGACUCUCGCGAAGGAAGUUGCCCAGAAAAACUACGCAAAGGCAAUAAAACUCUCCCAGGCGGCACAGCCGUACGGAAUGAACCCACUGAACGCUUUAAACUACACCGGCGUCGCACUUAACAAGCAGGCAUUGUCGAUGAGUCAGUCCGGAGCCGCUGCUGCUGCUGCAGUACACGCUGCUGCCGCUAAUAAUGCUGCUGCGGCUGCCGCUGCGUCCAGGCAAAUUCUUCCGCACGGUCUAGCUCACGGGAUUCCCGGAAGUGCGGGCCUUGCCUCGAAUCUUCCCGCCGGUUUGUUGCAUUAUCCGAGACCCAGCGCCGCAGGGUUGAAUCCUUACUCCUUGAUAAGACAACACCCUAUUUUACCGUCGCCUUACAUGCAAACAUCGAUGCCUGGAGGCACUGCGGCUCUUCAGCAGCACACGAAUCCCUAUUUACAGAAUCCUUACGCUCUGUUGCCCGGUAUGGCGGUUCACGGCAUGCCUGGGGUUGGUCACGGUUUACCUGGGGUUCCUCAAUUACAAGCCGGUAAUCCGGCUACCAUCGCAGCCCAGCCUCAGGUUGCCAUUCCUGUUAGCACGGGAGUUAUCAUGCAGCCUUAUAAGAAAAUGAAAACCACAUAAAUUUAUUAUUUUAUUUUUGCAUAUUGACUUAAGUAAUUAUUAAUAUUAAUGAUAUAUAGAUUAAUUAUUGAUAGGUUUUAAUCGCUGAGCAUCCUGUUCAUUUUAAUAGAUCUCUAGUAGUCUUGUUUUUUUUGUUGCAACUUUUGAGCGAGAGUGAAGUAGACAUGAAAGAAUUUUUGAGUAAAGAUAAAAAUAAGUGCACGUUUUUGUUUGAACUUUGAUUUUUAUUUUAUUAAAAUUAACGAAUGUCUAGUUCACUCGCACUCAUUUUAAUUUUUAAUUAUUGACGAUCCUGCGCGUUUUGAUAUCUAAAAUUUAAAUAAAAAUUUCUUCGGAGAUAGAGAAGAAGUAGACGCGCGGAAUCUUAUAAAUUGCCUGUUUGUUUGUUUGUCUACUUAAACUUUUAUUAUAUAAAAACUAAACAGAGAUUUAAUGAUAAAGAUUGCAAGCGACUGAUAAUCGAUAAAACUGACCGAUUAAAAAAUGUUUCAAAAUUAUAAUAGUUUGAUUUUCUAGUCAGACAUUGUCAGUGAACAGUGCCUUAUUGAUUAUUCGAUGCCACGGAUUAUAAUUACAUUUAUAAUCUGAUUUACGCCACUGAUUAAUAUGCAUCAUACACACAUAUAUAAGACUACUAUAUAUUGUAUUGUAUAUUUACAAUUUUACAUUAGUUUUUUUUGUUGUUAUUAAUUGAUUAAACUAAUAGUUAUCAGUUAUCUUUUAUCAUUUAACGUUUUUAAAGACUGGCUGUCACUUUUUUAUUUUAUGUCUUUUAAUUAUUUUCCGUUAGCGUCGUCUUUUGACUUUUAACUGUUUUACCUUUAAUUAAAUACGGUUGUUUGUUAUUUAUGUAGUAUCUACUUUAGUAAUUAUUAUCUAAACAAACUAUUCAAUAUAAUUUUAAACGUUUUUAUCGACUUAGUUAUUAUUAUUAUUACUAUUAUUUUUUAUGGUGAAUGUUAUUAAUGAUCAUUGUAAAUUGACGGGAUAGAAUGCAUCGAUCAUUAAAAUUAAUGUUAAAUUUAGAUAAUUAUUUUGGUUUAUUGCAUUGGUAGUUUUAAUUGAAUAUUUAAAAUAUACAUAUAUAUAUAUAAUCAUGUUUUUAUUAUAUGCAACUUGUCCAAAGACACAAGUCAAACCUUGAUGUCGAAAUUUAUUUUUAAAAAUUCUAUUUGUUUUUUUAUUGUUUAACAAUUAUUAAUUAAUUAUUAAUAUUUAAAUAAGUUAAAAUUAUAUAAAAAUGAUAAUAUUUGUUGACGUUAAAAGCUAGGUUUAACUUUUUAUUUAAAACACAAAAUAUUCGAUACUAAAAACCAACAAUUAGGGAGAGUUCCAUGUAAAAAAAUCGUAAUCAUUGCGCUCGGGGUUUAAAUGAAUUUAAAGGAUAAAAACCAGCGUGUGAUAUAGUACGAUUAAUUAAUAUAAUAAAAUUUAAAAUGCCAGAGUUAACGCCUGCUGCAGAUAAAAAGAUAUAAGCGUUUUAUUAUUAAUCCACUCUUUAGAAUAAAUAUAAAAAACAAAAAAACAAGCAUUGUAUAUGAACCGUCGUAACGAUAAUGAGUAAUAACGUUUGGGGAAAUAAAGAAGAUGCUGAACAGGCAGAUGAACGAAUUGAAUAAAUAACUAAUGAUAAAUAUUAUUAAAGAAAUUAAUAAUUACUAAAAAAAAGAAGGCGAUAAUUAAUGUAUUGUAUUUUUGUGAGUACAUGUAUUUCUUCAAGGGUAACUAAUAAAAGAAGAAUAGUAGAACGAGUGCGAUAUAAACAAAUAAUAAGAGUGCAAGUAAUUAAUAAUAAAUAAUCGAUAAUUAAUAAAAUUAGACAAGCGUAUGGAUGCCUAAACGAUGCAGGAUAACAACAAUGUGCGUUUUUUUGUACGCUUGUACAUAUCUGCGCUGAAGUAAUAUUAUAGCGCAGGUAUAUAUAUUAUAUA